AUGACUUCUUUUUGGCCUGAACAGAAGCGACGUUUGCUAGCCGAGUCUGCUUGUGAAUAUAUCUCCACAUUUCCAGGAAAUGACUCAAUCACUCCUGACUUUAUGUCAAGCCUAAUUGAACAGAAUCCAAGUUAUGUACAGCUUUGCAACAUGUUGGAGGGUCAUGGAUACACGAUAAAUAAGGUCCAUUUUGCAAAGCAUCUUUUAAAAACCUUUCCCGACCUCGGCGAGAGCUCAAACAAAGCGACGAAGGCUACUUCUGAGCCGGCCGUGCAAACUUCUCAGCCUAGCUUACCAGAUUCAUCCUUCGUUUCGUCAACUCCUGCCGAUCCAAUACAAAUAGCAAUACCACAGCGAAGCCCAGAAGUGACGGGGCUCCAAAUAGGCAGUGUUCCUAGUAAAUCGGUGUCAGCUCUGCCUCUUUCAAGGGAGGAACAGCGCCAGAAAUCCCUUAAUUUACUCCAUAUAUCCAAGCGCCGCAGAAAAAGUGCUCCUCAGCGCCGCUCAUCCAUUUCAGCCUCACCCGCACCCCAACCACGAGAGCUAUUUCCUAAUUCUAAAGAGGCUAUGGCGCGGAAACGAACUUUUGCUGAGAUUGUUGACCUUUCUCAGACCAUUAGUGACGAGAACGAGAGUGAGGCCGGAGACGAAGUGCCAGAUCAGCCGAACCUGGUAGAGAUUGCUGUUGAAGACACAAGGAACACCUCGCCCGAUGUCACCAUGGAAGACGCAAUUAACAUCACCCCUGUCCAGCGUAAUUCUCCCGAAAUCCUACCUCAAUGCCCAUCAGAAGACCGCAAGGUUGUCCCAAUCGUCCAGAAACAACCUGUUAGAUCUCGCGAGCUGUCACCAGCAGGACAACCUAUGCCAGAGAAACCCACCAGCAUGGCUAAACCUAAACAUGUUGACGCAACGCCACAGCCUACUGGGAAGGAAGACCUUCGUCGUUACAAUGGUAUUGUUAAGCCCAUGAACAAAGCCAAGGCCCUGAAAAGAUCAUACUACGAUCCUCGGACAAUCGCUAGAGAUAUCUUGAUUGCGGCUGGCCGCCAUCCUACGGAACGUUCACUCAACUAUCACUUACUCAAGCUGAAGGAAAAUUUUCAAUUUGUUGAUUACACCUCGGACCUCGAGACGUUCCGAUGGGAUCUCGUGGAUCCUGGCGGUCCUCCUCCCCCAAAAAUUGCCCCUGAGCCGCUUUUAUCCCAGCCCAAGUUCGAUUCACGUGAUGAUCUCAUCUCACGUGACGAAACUAGCGCUGAAAGGCGAUUUCAAUCUGAGCGCGGACCCUCACAGCUAAGAAUCUCUCACACCGUCAACGCCGACUCAUCUUCCACUCCUCCAAGACCCAUGGCUCCAACUCCCCAAAAGCCAACGUUUCCAUCCUCUCUUCCGACAAGACGACGACCCGGACGUCCUCCAGGAGCGAAAAAUAAGCUUAAAGCUAUCCCUUCAGUCGCGAGUAAAGUUGAAGUUGCUGUCCCCAGAGCCACGCCACAACCUUCGUUAAAUAAAUACCCGAUAUACGAAUGCUGUUUUGAUGGCUGUGGAGCUAAACUGCACAACUUUGAGGUAUUUCGAAAGCAUGUCUUAAAGCUACAUAGCCAGUCUGGCGAAGAGCAGGCUAUCUGUAUGUGGACAGGAUGUGCCUCUGGGGAAACAGCACCGCGUAUCUUUUCUACCGAGGGGCUCAAACAGCAUUUGGACAGUGUGCAUUUGAGCCCACUAGCUUGGAAAUUGGGUGACGGGCCCAAGUCCGUAUCCUCUGGUGAGACUGGAAAGUUCCAUCUACCCAUUGUUAUUUCCUAG